UCCAAACAAUUGUUGCGUAAUUUGAAACCACGAGGCGGGGCGCCGCCGUUUGGUUUGCGUGCGCCUGACAGCUCGUCCCGCUACCAUGGUCUCAUUUCUGCGCCUGUUCUGGAGGCGCGGCCUGGGACUCCGUCUGCGGACCACCAGACCCAGCUGGGUAUCUCGCCGCUCCAGCAGCUGCCCAAGCCGACCUGCGCAGAGCGCCGCCUGCACUAGCGCCUCCCUCAUGGGCGCCCGGAUCGACUUCUCCCCCGCCGGCCGGAGCCUCUUCGACAAGCCGCUGGGUAUCUCGGUGUCGGGGCUGCGGCCCCAGCAAGAGGUCACGCUCCGGGCGUCGCUGCAGGACGAGAGCGGGGUGCCCUUCGAGUCGCUCGCGCUUUACCGGGCGGACGGCAGCGGGCAGCUGGACCUGAGCCGCUCGCCGGCGCUGCAGGGCGGCAGCUUCUCCGGCCUGGAGCCCAUGGGGCUGCUGUGGGCGCUGAAGCCGCGCAAGCCCUUCAGGCGGCUGGUGAAGCGCGACGUGCAGCGCCCCUUCAGGCUGGAGCUGGAGGUGCUCGAAGGACACGGAGAGCCGGCCCUCGCGGGACGUGUCCUCGCCAAGGGCACCCACGAGAGGGGCUUCCUGCGCGCCGGCGUCCAGAGGAUCCCCGUGCGGGACGGGCGGGUCCGCGCCACCCUCUUCCUGCCCCCGGGUGAUGGUCCCUUUCCUGGAAUCAUUGAUAUUUCAGGAACUGGAGGAGGACUUUCAGAAUACCGAGCCUGUCUGAUGGCCAAUUAUGGCUUUGUAACAUUAGCAUUGGCCUAUUAUGCUUAUGAAGAUCUUCCCAAAGAUAUGAAGGAAUUUCAUCUGGAGUAUUUUGAAGACGCUCUGAACUAUAUGCUGAAACAUCCAAAGGUUAAAGGUCCAGGAGUUGGACUGCUGGGACACUCAAAAGGUGGUGACCUGUGUAUCUCUAUGGCCUCUUUCUUAAAGGGUGUCACUGUUACAGUCACUAUUAAUGGCUCUGUGGCCAAUGUAGCUGCAACACUGCGCUACAAGGACAUCACCAUUCCACCUCUUGGUUUCAAUGCAGAGCGGGUCAAACUUGACAAGUCUGGUGUUGCUGACAUUCUGGAUGUAAUGAACAACCCACUUGAGGGCCCCGAUCGCCAAAGUUUUAUUCCAUUGGAGAAGGCUGAAGGACGCUUCCUCUUCAUCGUAGGCCAGGAUGACCACAACUUUAAGAGCGAAUUCUUUGCUGUGGAAGCCUCCAAGCGGUUACAGGCUCAUGGAAAAGAAAAACCUGAGAUAAUUUGCUAUCCUGGAGCAGGACAUUAUAUUGAGCCUCCAUAUUUUCCUAUGUGCGCAGCUUCAAUGCAUCUCUUGGUGGGCAAACCAGUGAUCUGGGGAGGGGAGCCCAGGGCUCAUGCCGCAGCACAGGUGGAUGCAUGGGGUCGGAUUCAGACCUUCUUCCGCAAACACCUCGAUGGAAAACAAGGUGAAGAACACAGCAAGCUAUGAGAUGUUGCUCAGAAGAGGUGUUUUAUCAGAUAACGGGUGUGUGGCCAAUUGUUUUUUGUUCCUGUUCUUAUACAUAACAAUAAAUCUGUUUGAUCUAACAAUUCUGCGGACAGGGAACUCAUGUUGAUAGAGUGCUUUACAAGCAACAUGAGAAAACUUUUGUAUAAGGGACCUCUAAGAAUCCCCAACUACAAAAAUAAACUACAAAUGAUGUGUAUUAUACAAACCUCUGGUGCAAUCACAUUUAGCAUAUGGUGUAGACUUCUGGUCACCUCACCUCAUAAAGCAAAUGGUAGAGUUGGGAAAGGGCAGCCAAAAUGAUCAAAGGGAAGGAGAAACUCCAUUAGGUUACAACAUUUGGAUCUUUCUAGUUUAGAGAAAAAAGUGAGUAAGAGGUGAAAGUGGAUAAAGUUUUUCUCCUCUCUUAAUACUAGAACUUGGGGAUAAAGCUGAACCUUGGAAGAUUCAGGACAAACAGAAGAAAGUAUUUCACACAGCACAUAGUGAAAUGCUUGGCAGGGGGUUGGACUGGAUGGCCCUUGAGAGCCAGUGUGGUGUAGUGGUUAAGAGCGGUAGACUCGUAAUCUGGAGAGCCGGGUUCGUGUCUCCGCUCCUCCACAUGCAGCUGCUGGGUGACCUUGGGCUAGUCACACUUCUCUGAAGUCUCUCGGCCCCACCCACCUCACAGGGUGUCUGUUUUGGGCAGGGCCGUCUUAAGCGCCCCUGGCGCCGUGGUGCACCAGAUCCUUCCGGCGCCCUCCCGCCCCG